AUGUUCUUUUCUUUGGCUAAUCGGCACAGCCUGAAUGGCCAGCCUGCAGUUGCCAAGGUGUACAGUGCCUUUGGACACACCAAUGGACUGGAGAAUGGGUUGCCAGACCAGUUCAUAGCCUCCCAAGUGGUGAACGAUGCCUUCUUCAUGCUCAAGGGAGUGGAUGGGGGCGUCAUACAAUUCGUUGACGAUGGGUCCCUGGACAUUGAGCUCCUCAAGACCAUCAUCAUGGACAAUGGCCUCACAUCUGCCCAAGUGUACUCCCAAUUCGGAAGUGGAGUGAGGAUCCGGGUGUCGGAUUUCCUAGGAUACCUCCAAUCCCUAGGAAUCACUAUUGGAGUGAAGCCACCCAGGCCUCAGGGAGCCAUUGCUGGAAAUGCCGCACCGUUGAAGAUUACCGAGAUUACCUCAUCCAAUAUUUCACCUGCCAGGCCUGCACCCAGGCCUGCUGCUGACUUGCCAGCUGAGCCACCAGGAAUCAGUGCAGACCCUGGCUUUCAAAUCGUCACCUUCCAAGUGCGUGGAGGCACUAUCCGAGUGGUAGUGGAUGACGAUACCCUCGACCUGGCCUUGGUCCAAAGAGUCCUCAUUGAGUCUGGAUUGAGCAUUCAACAAAUCCGAAGGCAACUGGGGCGUGACGAAAUCAGUCUGAGCAGCCUGGUGGCUUACAUGAAGUCCCAGGGCUUUUCCCUGGUGAAGGUCAACUCUGAAAGCAGCAUUCGGCCUCAGGGCAAGCGAGUGAGGCUGCAACUCGUGGACGGCUACUACCUGGUCAUCAUUGACGACGGCUACAUCGACCUGGAGUACCUCCAAAGAGUCAUUGUUGAAAACAGGUUGACCAGGAACAAAUUGAGAGCCAUCCUGGAGUCCGAGGACAUCAAAUCACAAGAUCUUGUCAGGUACUUCACGAACCAGCUGGGAAUAAUCAUUGACCAGCAAUACAUCCUGGUGAAACUGCCCAUCCCAGUUCGGACGUGGACCCUCACACUCGUAGAUGGCGCCACACUCUCCGUGGCCGACGAUUCCUCCAUCGACUAUCAAAAGAUGCAAGUCUUGAUCGCUCAGAAAAACGUUGGAUUGGCGGAAGUGCGCCAAUAUUUCAGCAUCUCCGGACCCAUCGUUGCUGCGGAGUUCUUGUCCUUCCUGGAAGCACUGGAAGACAAGGAAGCCAGGGUCACGGACAUCGUUGGUUCUGGGGAUUCCGGGGUUUUCAUUGCGAAAAUACCCACUGGCACGAGGACGCAGCAAAUCAACUUGCCGGUGCAAAGUUUCACUGUCACUCGGCAGGAUUUAUCUGGAGAAAUUCAGCCGGUGACCUACAAGCCUGUGGUAGAAACAGAAAUCCAAUCCAUCCAAGGCCCUACUCAAAUCCAGAGAUUCACUGUGAAGAAGCCAGUGCAAAGGAUCCGGGUGAUCCCAGUCAACUCUCAAUCAGUGGUUGAAGAAGUCGUGCAGCAGAUCCCUCAUCAGGGACAAAUCAGGAUCACCCAGCCCCAGGUGUUCGUGUCCAGGUUCGAGUCCGGGUCCCGGACCCAAGGCAGUGCUGGUGAGUCUGUGCAGCAUCAAGGAGCUGUGACCCAAGGGUCGUCGUCCCAACAAGGCAAGUACCGAUUCGGGUUCAUUUAUGCAUGGGAAUGUUUGUUUGGGCAGCAGGUGAUCGGAGUGCACCCUGCACGCUUAAACCUGGGUGAUGGUUUCCGCAGCCAGGUGCAACUGUCACCUGGGUACAACAGAGGCGAAGUGAGGAUCACGCAAUUGUCUCAGGGAUCCAGCGGAGACUUGCAGGAGAUCGGAGGCCAAAGCCUGGUGUCAACCCAAAGGUUCGUGGUG